GGCCACUUUGGUGGUGACGGUGGUGAGGGUUGCUUCUUUGCUCGUCGGGGACGGAGCAAGGAGGCUAGUUAUUCCGGGCGGUCGCCUCGAGACUCUCGGCCCGCGGAGUUUGUUUGGAUUUAAUCUCGAGGUUGCAGGCGCCCGCCCGCCUGCGGGCCUCGCGGGGCCGAGAGGGAAGCACCGGUGCCUGUGGCCGGCGCCUGCCGAGUCCCCGACGCUCGCCCGUCCGCGCCGCUGCCCGUGGCGGUCGCGUCUCGGAACCGCGGGGUCGUGUUUGUGUUUGACCCGCGGGCGCUGGCGGCGUGGCACGCGGCUGAAGCCGGUGCCAGCGGGGCGGGGCCCGGCGCAGCGGAGGCGGAGGAAGACGGAGCGGGAGUCCGGGCAGGCCCGGCGGCGCCAUGGAACUGGGCCCGGAGCCCCCCCACCGCCGCCGCCUGCUCUUCUGCAGCCCAACUCCUGCUCCGCAGCCCACGGGGAAGGCGCUGUUUGGCGCGUCGGCUGCUGGCGGACUGUCCCCUGUCACCAACCUGACGGUCACCAUGGACCAGCUGGAAGGGCUGGGCAGUGAGUGUGAGAAGCUAAUGGAGGUGAGAAACAACAGCAGUCUACAGAGAAUGGGCUCCUCUGAAUCGACAGAUUCAGGUUUCUGUCUAGAUUCUCCUGGGCCCUUGGACAGUAAAGAAAACCUUGAAAUUUCCCUGAGGAGAAUACAUUCCUUACCUCAGAAACUCUUGGGUUGUAGCCCAGCGCUAAAGAGGAGCCAUUCUGAUUCACUAGACCAUGACAUCUUUCAGCUCAUCGAUCAGGAUGAAAAUAAGGAAAACGAAGCAUUUGAAUUUAAAAAGCCUGUAAGACCUGCAUCUCGUGGCUGCUUCACUGUUCAUGUACAUGAGGAGAAUAAAGAUCUCUUCACAUACAGGCAGAACUCAGCCCCAGCUCGUAUGCUCUCUUCAAAUGAAGGUGAUAGCAGUGAGUCUGGAAACUUCAGUCCUCUUUUUACAUCCCAGUCACCUGUGAAAGCCACUUUGUCUGAUGAGGAUGAUGGCUUCAUAGAUCUUCUGGAUGGAGAGAAUCUAAAGAAUGAUGAAGAGACCCCUUCAUGCAUGGCAAGCCUCUGGACAGCUCCCCUUGUCAUGAGAAGACCUACAAACCUUGGCAAUCGGUGCAGGCUGUUUGACUCCCCUUCCCCGUGCAGCUCCAGCAGCAGCUCCAGCACUCGGUCCCUUUUGAAGAGAACAGAACGAUCUCAUGAAGAGUCUCCUCGAAGAAGCACGAAGCGGAGGAAGAGUGUGUCCAGUCCUGUCAAAACAGAUGUUAUAGAGCCAACCCAAGAGCUUCUACACCAGUCUUUAUCCCUGACAUCUUCACCCAAAGGAACCAUUGAGAACAUUUUGGACAGUGACCCAAGAGACCUUAUAGGGGAUUUCUCCAAGGGUUAUCUCUUCCAUACGGUCUCUGGGAAGCAUCAAGAUUUGAAAUAUAUUUCUCCAGAAAUUAUGGCAUCUGUUUUGAAUGGCAAGUUUGCCAAUCUCAUUAAAGAGUUUGUUAUUAUUGACUGCCGAUACCCAUAUGAAUAUGAAGGAGGUCACAUCAAGGGUGCUGUGAACUUGCACAUGGAAGAAGAGGUUGAGGACUUCUUGCUCAAGAAACCUAUCGUGCCUACCGAUGGCAAGCGUGUCAUUGUCGUGUUCCACUGUGAGUUUUCUUCUGAAAGAGGCCCUCGCAUGUGUCGAUAUGUGAGAGAAAGAGAUAGGCUUGGCAAUGAAUACCCCAAACUCCACUACCCUGAGCUGUAUGUCCUAAAGGGGGGAUACAAGGAGUUCUUCCUGAAAUGUCAGUCCCACUGUGAGCCCCCUAGUUACCGACCAAUGCACCAUGAAGACUUUAAAGAAGACCUCAAGAAGUUCCGCACCAAGAGUCGGACCUGGGCGGGGGAAAAGAGCAAAAGAGAGAUGUACAGUCGCCUGAAGAAGCUCUGAAGCCAGGCAGUGGCAGCCUAAGCUUCCCUCUGCCCCUUCCCUUUCCCUUUGCUACAGAACAGGAAGCAAAGGAGCCAGCUGUUGUACAUGGAGAACAACCUGGGCCUUCCAUGUCUUAAACCUAUCUCCUACACUCCAAGUUGGAGCCCAAGGCAUCCUACUGUUACGCUCUUUUGUCCUAUAAAACUCCUUCCUUGUCAGGACUGUCUGCCAAAGCUGGACCUGCCACAGCGCAGACCGGAGUCUAUAGUCUAGAGCGCCGCAUCAAUCUGCUCUGACAGCAUCCCAUGAAGAAGCAGCAGGGGUCUUAUUGGGUGGACCCUGGCCUCCUGUCGUGCGGGGAGAGAAGUGGCAAACAGAAGUGCUGCUGGCCAUAUACCAAAGAUAGGCUGGAAGAGGUCCUCGUGGAUGACCCAUAACUUUAAUUUAUUCAGCUUCAUCAAUUGUUUUAUUUUUUUUUUUUUUUUAUUCCUCAAGUCAAAAUACUGCCAUUCUAGGUAGAGUUUUAUCAUCCCAGGAACUACCUCUGCUUUUAAUUUAAAAAAAAAAAAGAAAAGAAAGAAAAUGGGGCAGGGAUAAGAAAAGGUAAACCUGUUGUUGUGGACAGCGCUAGGAGCUCAGUCACCCCUAGGAGGCGCUGUGGACUGGGAUUGCUGCUACUCAAAGUCAAGGACUGAGAUACUGGUAAGAGCCUGCACCAGAUCCAGGCUUGGCUACAGGACAUAAGCUAACCUUCCCAGGCCUACCUCUGUCCUUUGUGAUCUCCUUGGGAAAGUUUUGUCUCCACUCUCCUUGCCCUAGGUCCCCAGGAUAGUGGCUGGUAUUGGAGUCACAAGAAAGCACUUCAAGCAGCUUCCAUCUGACCACCCCCAGGCCAGUGCUGGAAUGCUGUAGUGUAGGUGCCCCAAGGUGAGAGUGGGAAGGGAUGAGUGGAGCCCACAGAGCUAGGGAGGAGCAUGCCCACUGAAUGUCCCUUAAAAAAAAAAAAGUCAUUUUAGGAGUUGAGUAUCAAAUCAGUGUUGGGUGGGCACCCAAGGAUGCGGGGGCCCAGGCCAUUAGGUGGAAGGAGUGGGCCACGGCCUACAGAUGACUGUAGAAUUUCUCAGGAGGGAGUGUGGUGAAUUUGAAUUAAAAUGUUCUGGGUUUAUCAUGUUUUGAUUUGAGGGACAGGGAGUCAUGAGUCACCCAAGUUACCCCCUUAAUCUAACCCCGUGGAAGUGAGGGUCUUGAGGGAACAUCUCCCUUCUGAGGAGCUGUGCAGCCUGUUUGGUGCCUGUUCAUCAACAUUCUCAGGUACCAGUCUCCCGGUCAUCUUUGCUCCUCUGGGGUCUAGCCAGGUUUUUCUUAGGGAAAGUCUCCCCUCUUACCUCUGCUUUCUCUUCUGGGGGUGGGGAGGGAAUCAAUGAUAUUAAAGAUGGCUAGUUGCUUUGUUAUGGGUUUGAGUCACAUUUGGCUAUAAAACAAAUCUUGUUGGAAAUAUGUGGGGAACAAGGAAAUGAGCAGCCUCUUCCCGAUGUUGAAAUAUGUCCCGAUUGAUCUCUAGUCUGGUUUGUAGAGAUUCUGUUAGUUAAAUGCUGUAAGGAGAAUGGCUUUUUGGAUUGUACUGGUUUAGCUAGCAUUGUUAACCAACUGUUGCAGGCUCUGCAAAUAAAAGUGAUCUUGAACCCA